AUGCCUUUGCCGACAUCUUCGCCUGGCGUCGCUGCUGGAUUUCCAAGGGGUGGACUCAACGAGUUGAGGUUUGCGACAGGGGUUGAUGUUCCUGUGGAUGUAUCCUCAAUUGUUGUUCAGUUGACAAAUUGCUGUCAAGGUGUAUUGACCAAUAUCUAUGGAAACGAGAAAGCCUCUCCACCUCAGCCAAAUUCUUGGAAAACGGCUGCAUCGUAUGAAGCCGUUAAUCCCACAACAAAGUGGAGCCUCUCAGAAUGGCGUACCAAGAUUUGGAACCACGACUUUGACAAUGCGAUCUUCAGCCCUGCGGGAAUCCUUAAUGAUGGUGCGCUCAAGAAGCUGGCCUCCAUGGCAAGCCCUAUUGAAAAUUCGAUUGGGUUAGAACGUGUGAUUGGUGGAUGGGCAUGGUUUGGGACUUACGGUGACGAACUCUUGGCAGAAAUCAAAACCCUCCCAUUCAAGUCCAUACCAAAGCAGAAGCAGAAGAGGGUAGCAAAGCGGUCAAUGGUUGAUGUUGCAGAAAAGCGAACGCGUGUCUCAGCUGCUCCCACACCUUCCUCAAUGUGUCAAAAAAAAUCUACUUUUUCAAAUCUACUGUAA